CAUUGACUAUUCACACCACAUUCAAAGCCAUAACAAUAUUAAAUAAAAAUAAAAUAAGCAAUCAUUGUCCACUUGAAAUUCAGAAACCAUCAGUCUGUUAAAAACCAUGACACCUCCACGAUUCUUCCUUGCACGCUCGAAUUCUUAACCACCCCAAAAAAAUUUAAAAAAUGAAACCACCGUCCCUCACGGCGGGCGCCGCCACUCUCCGCCUCCUCUCCGCCGUCUAUCUCCUCACGCUGCUUCUCGCCGCCGCGGCAGACGAUCUCCAAACGCUCCUAUCCAUAAAAGACGCCUUCAAAGAUUCCAACACCCGAGUAUUCGAUUCGUGGGAAUCCAAUUCCAACCUCUGCAGCUUCAAAGGAAUCUCCUGCGAUUCCGACGGUUUCGUCAAAGAAAUCGAACUCUCCAAUCAGAACCUCAGUGGCGAGAUUCCUUUAACCGCCAUCUGCAGCCUCAACCGCCUCCAGAAACUGUCGCUGGGGUAUAAUCAGCUACGCGGCCGCGUUUCAGAGGAUCUCAAUAACUGCUCCUCCUUGAAAUACUUAGACGUCGGAAACAAUUUCUUCUCCGGCCAAUUUCCCGAUGUGUCUUCGAUCAAUGGAUUGGUGUAUCUCUACGCUAAUUGCAGCGGAUUUACCGGCGCUUUUCCGUGGGAGUCUUUGAGAGGAAUGAGUGGUCUUCAAGUUCUGAGCGUCGGCGACAACCCGAUUGAUCGGAGCCCGUUUCCGGCGGUGGUUUUGAAUCUCACGCGGCUGAGCUGGCUCUACUUGACGAACUGCAGCAUCGAAGGGGAGAUUCCGGAGGGGAUUGGGAAUCUCGUGGAGCUCGUUGAUUUGGAACUGGGGCAGAAUUUUCUCACCGGGGAAAUUCCGGCGGGGAUAACCAAGCUGAAAAAGCUAUGGCAGCUCGAGCUUUUCGCCAACAAUUUGAAGGGCGAAUUGCCGGUGGGGCUGCGGAAUUUGACCAAUCUCGAAAUGUUUGAUGCUUCCACGAAUUCUCUCACUGGCAAUUUAUCCGAAGUGAGGUUUUUAGAUAAGCUGGUGAGCUUGCAGCUUUUUGAGAAUCAGCUUUCCGGCGAGAUUCCGGCGGAGCUGGGGGAGUUCAGGAAUCUGGUGAAUGUGUCUCUCUACACGAAUAGCCUGACGGGCCCGCUGCCGGAGAAGCUCGGCUCGUGGUCGGAGUUUUAUUUCAUCGAUGUUUCGGAGAAUUUCCUGACCGGCCCGAUUCCGCCGGAGAUGUGCAAGGGGGGUAAUAUGAGGAUGCUGCUGAUGCUGCAGAAUAAUUUAUCCGGCGAGAUUCCGGCGAGCUACGCUAGCUGCACGACGAUGACCCGGUUCCGGGUGAACAAAAACCGGCUGUCGGGGCGGGUCCCCGGCGGCAUAUGGGGGCUACCGGAGAUGAAAUUAAUCGACCUCAGCGAGAACGACUUUGAAGGCCCGAUCACAGCGGAUAUCGGCAAUGCCAGGUCGUUAACGCAGCUUUUGGUUUCCGAUAAUAGAUUUUCCGGCGAAUUGCCCGCUGAAAUUUCCAAGGCUUCGCCGUUGGUGUCAAUCGACUUGCGAAACAACGGCUUCUCCGGCGUGAUUCCGGCGGAAAUUGGGGAGCUGAAGCAGCUCACUACUCUGCUUUUGCAGGGGAACAAGUUCUCCGGUACAAUUCCGGCAUCCUUAGGCUCUUGCCACUCGAUCAAUGAGAUUAACAUGGCCGAAAACGCCCUCUCCGGCCAAAUCCCGCCGUCGUUAGGCUCUCUGCCCACUCUCAAUUUCUUGAACUUAUCAAGAAACGAACUCUCCGGCCCAAUUCCGGCGACUCUGUCUUCUCUAAGGCUCAAUCUCCUCGACCUCUCACACAACAAAUUAUCCGGCUCUGUUCCGGCAUCACUUCUCACGGAGGCGAACAAUGGUAGCUUCGUCGGGAAUCCGGCCUUAUGCAGCGAGACGCUGUCCGGAUUCCACCGGUGUUCUCCCCAAGCCAGGAUGCCGGAUCAUCUCCGGCUGGUCCUGCUCUGCAUCAUGGUCGCCUUCGUCGCGUUGCUCGCCUCGUUGGCCGGCUUCUGCUACUUAAAGAGGAAGGCCGAACACACCGGGGAACGGUCGCUCAAGGAUCAUUCAUGGGAUCUAAGGUCCUUCCAUGUCCUCACCUUCAAAGAGGAUGAGAUCAUUGACGCAAUCAAGCACGACAAUUUGAUAGGGAAAGGAGGCUCAGGCCAUGUGUAUCGUGUUACGGCUGGAAAUGGCAAAGAAUUGGCUGUCAAACAUGUUUGGCAUUCCGAUGAGUCCGCCGGGAAAAAGACCAAAAGCGCCACUCCGGUCCUGGGCCGGCCUCGGAGCUCCAAGCACCGCCAGUUCGAGGCCGAGGUCGAGACGCUGAGCUCCAUCCGGCACGUGAAUGUGGUGAAGUUGUAUUGCAGCAUAAGUAGUGAGGACUCUAGCUUGUUGGUCUAUGAGUACAUGCCUAAUGGCAGCCUAUGGGAUAGGUUGCACACUUGCCAGAAGCUGUCGCUUGAUUGGGAAGCGCGCUACGAGAUCGCGCUCGGCGCGGCCAAAGGGUUGGAGUAUCUCCACCACAGCUGCGAUGAGCCGAUGAUCCACCGUGACGUCAAGUCUAGCAACAUCCUCCUCGAUGAGCAUCUGAAGCCCCGCGUCGCGGAUUUUGGGCUUGCCAAGAUCCUUCAGCCGGAAGGGUCGAGCGAGUCGACCCAUGUCGUUGCAGGGACCCAUGGCUACAUUGCCCCAGAAUACGCAUACACCAACAAGGUUAAUGAGAAGAGCGACGUGUACAGCUUCGGAGUUGUGCUGAUGGAGCUUGUGACGGGAAAGAGGCCGAUCGAGACGGAGUUCGGGGAGAACAAGGACAUUGUGGAGUGGGUGUGUGGGAAGCUCAAGACUAAAGAGAGUGUGCUAAGUUUGGUGGAUUCAAGCAUUCCUCAAAUAUACAAAGAGAAUGUGAUCAAAGUGUUGAAAGUGGGGAUUCUAAGCACGGCUAGGCUUCCCACGUUGAGGCCUACGAUGAGAAGUGUGGUGCAAAUGCUUGAGGAAGCUCAGCCUUUUCAAUUACUUAGCAUUGUCGUCACUAAAGAUUUUGAGGGAAAGAAGUAAGAAUCGGAAGUUUAUUAGCAUUCCACUCUAUCGAAACAAAUGCGAAAUAGUUGUAAGAUUAUGUCGCCAAAUAGUUGUAACAUUGUAAGACAAUUAGCGUUGUAAGAUUAUUUUGAAUUCUACUAUUGUCACAUGUACUAUAAUUUGACAAUUAA